AUGAUAAUUUUAAACUAAUUUAUAACUUAAAUAUACUAAAAUUAUAUCUAAAAUCAACCUUAUCCAAAUGUUCCAGAAAAAGAUUCAAUUUUAGCUAAAACACUAACCCCUGAAAUAUAUGAUAAAAUGAAAAAAAUAGAAGAUAAAUCUGGCUUCUCAUUUCAAUAAUUAAUAGGUUAUAAAAGAACCUAAAAGUAAUUAAAAAGUGGUUAAAUUUCAUAAAUAUAAGCUGGUUCUUCCGAUUCAUAUAAUGCAUUUAAAGAAUUUUUGGACUAAGUAGUUGAAUAAUAUCAUAAUUUUAAGCCUUAAGAUCAUUAAAAAAAUACAUGGGGAGAUUUAGAAAGUUUAGAACUACAAGACUUAAAUUAAAAACAUCACGAGGAAUUUUUAUUAAGUAUGAAUAUAAGCUUAGUUAGAAAUAUAAAUAAUCAUUCAUUUCCUGCAGGAAUGACAUGCUGGUAGAGAAAAAAAUUCGAGGAAAAUAUAAAAAAGAUUAUUGGAGAAAACUUAAAAGACCUUAAAUAUUUUUCUUUAAAAGAUUUAAAAGGCAAAAAAAAUUAUGGUUUUGAACAAAAAAACUUAUAAUAUGAAGAUCAUGGAAGAUUCGAAACAGGAAGAGGUGUUUUUGUAAAUGAAGAAGAAAAUUUUAUUGUUUGGGUGAAUGAAAAUGAUUAAUUGACUUUUAAAAGUUUCGAAAAAGGAGGAAAUUUUAAAAAAUGUAUUUAGAGAUUAAUUGAUUAUAUUAAAGCUUUGAAAAAUAUUGAUUUUGCUUAUUCGGAAAGAUUUGGAUUUUUAAGUGGAAAUCCAGCAAAUUUAGGCACAGGAAUAACAUUUGAAUUUAUAGUUAAAAUUCCUUGGGAAUGUAAGGAUUAGGAAUUAUUAAAAAAAAAUCUACAUAAAGCAGGAUUAGAAGGUAAAAAAUUAGAAAAAGAAGAGGAUGUAUAUAAAAUUUGGAAUUAGAAAAAACUAGGACUAAGUGAGAAUCAAUUAAUUACAGAUAUAUAUAAUGCUAUAAAUUCAGUAAUUUAAAAUGAAAAAUUUGCAAGAAGUUCAAGAUAUAAUGAAUGA